AUGCCGUACUCCCGAGUACGUUUUUUCCCAUCCGCUGGGGAACGGAACUAUCCAUUAGUUUCAUUGGUUGCGACUAUCUUGAAAGAUUAUUUAACACUUUUAGGACUACAUCUUCAACCUCAUCAGGUUACGGGUGUCAACAUGAUUUUGUCGUGGUACUGUAACAGUCACGGAGGAAUAAUUGCUGAUGAGAUGGGACUGGGCAAAACAUGUCAAGUUAUUGCAGCAUUACAUGUUUUGAUCAGUCGGAAUGAAGAGGCCCGAAAUUUGAUUAUAGUGCCUUUGUCUGUUGUAGAUCACUGGGAAACGGAACUAAAACGGUUUGGCUUAGGAAAACUUCGUUUUGUCAGGUAUACUGGUCAUAGUGAAGAGCGCCGUAAGCUGAGAAAGGAUUUGGAAAUUUGUGAAUGGAAUACCUUGUUGACAACGUACCAAUAUGUGAUAAAAGAUGACAGUUAUUUCAUGGACAAGUUGAAAUUCACGGCUUUGGUUUUUGAUGAGGCUCACCGUUUAAAAUCUUCAGAGUCCCUUCUGCAUCAAAUUGUUAGGAAGAUAAAAGUGGAUUGGACAGUGCUGCUCACUGGAACUCCGGUCCAGAAUAACCUUCGGGAGUUAUAUUCUCUACUAGUACUGGUUGACAAGAGGAGGUUUCAUUUAGGGGAAUUUGACGCUUUUUUGAUGAAACGAAGCAGAGAAGUCUACUCUUCAGUUUUGGGAAAAAUGAGAGAGAUGUUGUCAGCCUACCUUAUGAGACGAGUGAAAGAAGAAGUUGCAAUUGAAAUUCCAGCCAGUGCGGAAAUUAUAUUGUAUCAUGGGAUGAGUGACAUACAGAGGAGCCUUUACCGGGCAAUACUGUGCAAAAAUUAUUAUUUCUUCCAGCAAAUGGAGGAAAGUAAAGGGAGUUAUUCUGGUAGCAGGACGUCAUUACUGAAUAUUAUGAUGGAGUUGAGGAAAUGUGUAUUGCAUCCAUAUUUAUUCCAAGGUGUAGAACCGGAACCAUUUGAAGAGGGUGAACAUUUGGUCAAAGCGAGUGAGAAGUUGGUGCUGCUGGAUCGAAUCUUGGAAUUCUUGAAUGCAAAUGGUCAUCGGGUGCUUAUUUUUUCGCAGAUGACGAGACUGCUGGAUAUUGUUCAGGACUUUCUUACGUAUAGAGGGUUAUCAUAUGAGAGAUUAGAUGGAAGUGUUCGUGCCCAAGAAAGAUAUGCUGCUCUGAGAAGGUUUCAAGAAAGAGAAGCGAAAACUUUCUGUUUUCUUUUAUCCACUAAAGCUGGUGGAAUUGGCUUGAAUUUGACUGGUGCUGACACGGUAAUUUUUCUUGACUCUGAUUUCAAUCCGCAAAAUGACCUUCAGGCUGCAGCUAGAUGCCACCGAAUCGGACAAAAAAAGCAAGUUUUUUCUUAUUUUUUGCAACCCGUGAAAGUCAUUCGACUAGUAGGGAAAAAUACGGUUGAGGAAGUUAUACAGUAUCGUGCCACUCGGAAGCUUCGAAUGACCAAUCAGAUUCUUGGGUCAAAAACAUUGGAAAGGGAAAGCUUGAGCGAAGUGGAAAUAUCGAACAUGAUUCUGUUUGGGCUUGGACAGCUCAAUAACUCUGAUGCUGGAGAUCAGGAAGAGUUGUCUAAAGACGAAGAUAUGAAGCGGAUUAUUGGAGAGUCCAAGGACGGCGAAUGGAUUACGAAGAGCACUGAUGAUUUGUUGGAGGUUACUGAUUCCGAAUGUAAGGGGGAUGAAGUUUUAACUGAUAUUUCCGGAAGCAGUGUGGAAAAUAUGUACUUUUUCGAGGGUCAUGAUUACAGGAAGGACCGUGAGGUGAUGGAUGAGAUAAUAGCUGAAGGACAAGCUUUGGAAUCACGCUCAGGCAAUGGUUACUGUCGUUUUUUCGUGGUUUUUUGUAGCAAAACAACAAUUGUUUCAGAUGGAAGAAGGUCUCGGAGAGUUUUGCUGGAAAAAAAUCGUACAGUUAAACAGGUGACUUUGCAGCGGGCCAAAGAUCGUGCGAAGAAAAGUGCAGAAACUUUAAAGAAAAAAAGGGAAAAACAGGCGAUGGAGAGGAAGGCAAGGGCAAUGCAGCGAGAAGAAAGGAGAAGAAUUCUUUGGAAGAAUAAUAGUGAGAUUAUCUUUUAUCGAAAUGCCGCAGUUCUUAACCUUAAACGGUAA